AACCUCACCUUCUCCAACGUCCAAGUUAAGGCCUCCGGACCCUUCGUCAUUCUUGGAAACUUGAAGAAGCUCAGGUCAGUCACCAUCUCCCAUGCCAAUUUAAUCGGUAACAUUCGGAAACACAUGAAUUUAAACCUUACCCACAUCGAUUUUUCCGGCAAUAAGCUUCGGGGAAAGAUACCCAGUUCCCUUACACUCCUCGAAAACCUCAAAACCUUAAACCUGUCCUCCAAUUCCAUCAAUGGAGAAAUACCUACUUCGAUCGGGGACCUGAUUUCGCUAAAGAACGUGUCUUUGUCCUCAAAUUCUUUAUCCGAUGCCAUCCCGGAGUCGAUUUCAGUAAUCUCGGACUUAGUUCAUCUUGAGGCAGGGAUUUGCAGUGUGUUGGUGCGUGGCGAGGGAGGGAGGAAGUUCAGGGAGUCUCGUGCAAUGCGUGGGAUUUGCAAGGAGGAAGAAGGUAGCACGAGGAAGAAGAGGUUGAAGUUCUAUAGGGCGGCGGAAAAAGCUUCCCAAACCCAAAGGAUUAUUGGUUGCAGACAAGCACGGAGGAGAUGGGAUAGAGCCGAGGAAGAGAUGCGGUUAUUGGCCUAAGCUUUGCCCAUAUAGUUGGGGAGAGAGAAUGGUGCGAGCGAAAGAGUGUUGGGGGGCGGGAUGGUGGGGAAUUUGGGGAAGAAGCGGAUUUGGGUUUUUUUUUUGUUUGUAAAUAAGUUUUCUUUAAAUAAUUUUUUAAAAUUUUUAAAUUUUUAGCCACGUGGCACAAAUGUGGUAGCCACGUCAGCACAAAUGGGCCCCUCAUAUUUGACACGUCAUCACUUAACGGCCAUUCUACCAGAUUAUGUAACGGAUUGUAUGAAAUUGCAACUAAAUCAUAUUUAAGGUAUGAAAUUGAAAUGUUUUAAAGAUAUCGUAAGGAAUUGAAAUUGACCUCAAACUUGAGGAGGUAAAAUGUAAUUUACCC